CAGUCGACUUCUCCACUCGCCGGAGAGCUUCUGACUGUGCCCUGCUCCCGCGCUGAAGAAGUCCAGAUGAGUCGCACAGCAGUGGAAUAUCAUCAGUACAGUCUGGACCAAUGUCUUGAGGAUUUGAACAUUUGAAAUGGAUAAUCACUAUCCAGAUGUUGAAAUGAAGUUGCCACAGGAAUGGCAAUUACUCCUCCUAGUCCUCCCACUGUUGUUUGAUGUGGCACAUCCUCAGGUAAAUCCAGGCGUGUGCCGCUACCCUCUGGGGAUGGCGGGAGGACAGAUCCAGGACGAGGACAUCUCGGCCUCCAGCCAGUGGUCCGAGUCCACCGCGGCCAGAUACGGCAGGCUGGACUUUGAUGAUGGUGACGGUGCAUGGUGUCCAGAUGUGAUGGGCGAGCAGGAGCCUCUGAAGGAGUUCCUGCAGAUCGACCUGCGCACGCUACACUUUGUCACGCUGGUGGGCACCCAGGGGCGCCAUGCCGACGGCGUGGGCAAUGAGUUUGCCCAGCGCUACCGCAUCAAAUUCAGCCGAGAUGGCACCCGCUGGGUGUCUUGGAGGGAUCGGAAAGGGAGGCAGAUCAUUGACGGGAACAGAAAUGCAUACGACGUGGUGCUGAAGGACUUGGAGCCUCCCAUCAUCGCUCGCUUCGUCCGUUUCAUGCCCGUCACGGACCAUUCUAUGAUUGUGUGCAUGAGGGUGGAGCUGUAUGGCUGCGAAUGGUUAGAUGGCCUGGUGUCCUACAGCGGCCCAAGUGGACAGCACAUGAUGCUGAGAGGCCAGCGAGUUGACCUGAAUGACUCAGUGUACGACGGUGCCAUGGGCAACAGUCUGACAGAGGGCCUUGGUCAGCUGACUGAUGGAGCCUGGGGCCUGGACGACUUCACUCUGAGCCAAGUUUAUGGUGUGUGGCCAGGAUAUGAUUAUGUGGGCUGGACCAAUGCCAGUUUCCCCAGUGGAUAUGUGGAGAUGACCUUUGAGUUUGACCGUGUGAGAAACUUCUCCUCAAUGAAGGUCCACUGCAACAACAUGUAUACCUGGGGUGUGAGGAUAUUCCGGCAAGCCACAUGUUACUUCCGUUCGGAGACAGAAUGGGAGCCCAAUCCUGUGUCAUUCCGAGCCAGGGUGGACAAGAUCAGCCCUAGUGCUCGCUUUGUCACUGUUGCCCUGGGCAACCACAUGGCCAGUGCCAUUAGGUGUCGCUUUGCUUUUAGCGAUGCUUGGAUGAUGUUCAGUGAAAUCGCUUUUCAGUCAGAUACAGCAGUAUACAACACCUCUUUGGUCCCUCGUAAGCGAGGCCACGCAACAGGCCUUCACCCAGGAGAUGAUCCCACACAUAAGGUGGAUGACAGCAACACUAGGAUCCUGAUUGGCUGCUUGGUUGCCAUCAUUGCUAUUCUGCUGGCCAUCAUAAUCAUUAUCCUGUGGCGUCAGGUUUGGCAGAAGAUGCUUGAGAAGGCCUCUCGCCGCAUGCUGGACGAUGAGCUGACGGCGCGCCUGUCGUCCCAGAGAGAGGCGUUCUCAUACCGCCGCUCCUCUCUGUCCAGUGAGGUGGAGUCCACCUCUACGUACGAGAGGAUCUUCCCCCUUGGAUCUGAUUACCAAGAGCCAUCUCACCUGAUAAGGAAGUUACCAGAGUUUGGCCAGUCUACAGAGGAUGCUGACACCUCAACAUCAAGCUCGCCCCAAAGUGCCACUGAUGACGCACCACACUAUGCUGAAGCUAACAUAGUGAGCGAGGGGAGUAUUGCUGCUGGAAGCACCAGCUACUCCAUAGCGGCGGUGUGCCUGCCCAUUCCCCCGGGGAGAGAGGGGGCCCUGGAGGAGUUCCCCCGGAACCAGCUCACCUUCAAGGAGAAGCUGGGGGAGGGCCAGUUUGGGGAGGUUCAUCUUUGUGAAGCAGAGGGCAUGCAGGAAUUCCUGAAAGAAGACUUUGGAGGCAACGGAGACAAACUGAUCUUAGUGGCAGUCAAGACCCUUAGAGAGGAUGCAGACAAGAAUGCCAGGAAUGACUUCUUAAAGGAGAUCAGGAUCAUGUCCCGGCUGAAGGACCCCAACAUCAUCCGCCUUUUGGCCGUGUGUGUGGAGAGCGACCCCCUCUGCAUGAUCACAGAAUACAUGGAGAACGGAGACCUCAAUCAGUUCCUCUCUCGCCAUGAGCUCAAGGAUGAGUCCUCUGCCCCAAGUGAGGCACCCACUAUCAGCUACCGUACUCUGUGUGGUAUGGCCACGCAGAUUGCUUCUGGCAUGAGGUAUCUGUCUUCACUCAACUUUGUGCACCGGGACUUGGCCACACGUAAUUGCCUCGUGGGGGAGAACAACAACAUCAAAAUCGCCGACUUUGGCAUGAGCAGAAACCUCUACCGAGGGGACUACUAUCGUGUGCAGGGGCGCGCAGUGCUCCCUAUUCGCUGGAUGUCCUGGGAGAGCAUUCUACUGGGUAAAUUCACCAUGGCAAGUGAUGUGUGGGCCUUUGGGGUGACACUGUGGGAGACUCUGACCCUCUGUAAAGAGCAGCCCUAUUCCAACCUGUCAGAUGAGCAGGUCAUCGAGAACACCGGAGAGUUCUUCAGGGACCAAAAUAAGCAAGUGUAUUUGGCCAAGCCGGCCCGCUGUCCUGACCCAGUUUACCAGCUUAUGCUCAGUAGCUGGCGGAGGAAUGCCAAAGAGAGGCCCAAUUUCACAGAGAUCCACAGCACUCUGCUGGCAUGCCAGGAGUAGAGGCCGAGCACUGGCGGAUUCAACAUUCUUGCAUGUCUAAUUUGAGAGCGCAAUCAGAUUGUCAGCUAUACAUCAGAAAGGUCUUCUGCCAUGCUAAGUAGGGAGAGGAAAAUGCAUGCACAAGUUAUGUCACAAGUCUGGCUCUUAACUUUAAGUCUGUAGUAGAUGUACAUUGUUGUUUAUAUGAAGAUGCCCUAUGUGCAGAACAUUAUUUUGAUGAUAGUAAAAACAUAUUAUAUUUAAACAGAUAA